AUGGGUGCGAAGAAGAAGGCCGAUAACAAGUCGAAUAAUAAGGACUCUGGCGACAAUGAUGACAAAAAGGGUGGUAAAGUGAAAGGCGCACAGUCCGUUGUGGUUCGCCAUAUCCUAUGCGAAAAACACUCCAAGAAGGAAGAAGCGUUGGCUAAGAUCAGGGAGGAUCCCACUCUGAGUAAUUUCAUCGCAGUGGCUAGAGAGUAUAGCGAGGAUAAAGCUAAACAAGGCGGUCUCCUUGGUACACAACGGAAAGGAUCACUACAACCUGAAUUUGAAGAUGUUGCUUUCGCGCUACCAGAGAGUAAGGGCAGUAAUCUCAACAUCGGAGAGGCGAAGACGGCGUUCGGAUACCACCUGAUUGUAGUAGAAGAGCGCAAAUGA